AAACGCCGCUCCUGGUUUUGAUAUAUAUGAUUCACGGUGACAAGUAACCAUAGUGACCCAAUUUCUUGUGGAAGAAUAUAGAUUGGCACUCUUUUUGACAUCAUUUGACGGUCUGUUCGGAGAUUCGUAAUAUAUUACUUUUUGCCAUUCCCUUGUUCAAUCACACAUCUCUCACAAUCUGCAAAUACACUCAUUUAAGAUGGGUGAACAAAAACAUGAGCGAGGGGGAAUUAGAAUUGCCAUUGAUGUACGUGGAAUAUUUUUCUAUCAUAAUUUUCACUAGUUGGUGGUACUUUAGAGGGAAGAUUACGAUCACCGUACUCUUUUCCGGACAUGAAGACUCAGACGUUUGAACAUUCAAGUGCAUGGAUAGCGUCUUAAUUAUACUGGACAUUCCACAACAGUAUACUAACGAUGAGUACAGCGUGGUGGAACCUUCACCGACUGUGUGGGAAAUCCAGGCACGGGGAAGAUGGAGGAUGAUGUGAUUAUCAAGCUUCUAUCUGAGGAUCCUUCCAAUUACGAUGAUGCCCCUCUGGAAGGUAUCAGGCGACUGAUGUCCAAAUUUCUCAACAAAGAUAUCCCUCGUGGAGAACCUUUAGAUACGUCAGAAAUUGAAUCCAUCCGGAUGGGAACCACGGUAGCUACGAACGCAUUGCUGGAAAGAAAAGGCGAAAAGAUCGCUAUGGUGGUGACCAAAGGGUUUAAAGACUGCCUGGAAAUUGGCAAUCAAUCAAGACCCAAGAUUUUUGAUCUAGCGAUCAAGAAACCUGAUGUUUUGUACGAACAUGUAGUGGAGAUUGAUGAACGGGUUACCUUGGAAGAUUACGCCGAAGAUCCGGAACGAAAUAUCACCAAAGUUGAACCCAACGGCGCACAAGAUCAGGAUCUGGUGCGGGGUUUAUCUUCCGAAGCUGUACGCAUUUUGCAGCGUCCUGAAGAGCAAACUAUUCGAUCACAGUUGCAGGAGGUGUUUGAUAAGGGUAUCAAGAGUAUAGCAGUUUGUUUGAUGCAUGGCUAUACUUUCCCUGAUCAUGAAGCCUUGGUUGGCAAAAUUGCGAAAGAGAUUGGAUUUGAGCAUGUAUCCCUUAGCCAUGAACUGAUGCCUAUGAUCAAAUUGGUUCCGAGAGCCACAUCAGCAUGCGCGGAUGCAUACUUAACACCAGCAAUCAAAAAAUAUAUAGCUGGGUUUUCCAGAGGAUUUGAGGGCGGUCUUGGAGCGGAAAGUGUAAAAAAUGAAAAGGGAAGUAAAGGGGCCCGGUGCGAAUUUAUGCAAAGUGAUGGUGGCCUAGUAGAUGUGGAAAAUUUUUCUGGUCUUAAAGCGAUUCUUUCGGGUCCUGCUGGUGGAGUUGUUGGAUAUGCACUUACAUCAUAUGAUCCUGAUACCAAAAUACCAGUAAUCGGUUUCGAUAUGGGUGGUACUUCUACCGAUGUCUCUCGAUAUGGUUCAGGAAGAUACGAACAUGUAUUUGAGACCACUACAGCUGGUGUGACUAUCCAGUCUCCUCAACUCGACAUCAAUACUGUAGCUGCAGGUGGUGGUUCGCGUUUAUUCUUCAAGAAUGGUUUAUUCGUGGUUGGACCGGAAUCAGCCGGUGCACACCCAGGGCCUGCAUGCUAUCGCAAAGGAGGUCCAGCUGCAGUUACCGAUGCGAAUCUCUUCCUGGGCAGACUUGUUCCUGAUUUUUUUCCAAAGAUUUUUGGAAAAAAUGAAGAUGAAGGCCUUGAUGUUACCGCGAGUGAGAAGCUAAUUCAAGAAUUAGCCGAGCAAAUCAACAAGGAAACGGGCAAGAAUAUGACUGCUGAUGAGGUUGCUCAUGGGUUCUUAACUGUUGCAAACGAAGCAAUGACUCGACCUAUUAGGUCCAUGACAGAAGCAAAGGGUCAUGAUACGUCCAAGCACCGUCUAGCAACCUUUGGUGGUGCUGGUGGACAGCAUGCGGUUGCCAUUGCUGAGAGCUUGGGAAUUCGUCAAAUACUUGUUCAUCGCUAUUCAUCCGUCCUAUCGGCGUAUGGUAUGGCUUUAGCUGAUGUAGUGGAUGAGAAACAGGAGCCAGAGUCCAAGGUAUGGAGUGAUAAUGGAGAAUCACGCGCUUACUUGAAAAAUAAAAUAGAAGAGCUCAAACAAAAGUCAACCGAUGCUCUGAAGGUACAGGGCUUCCAGGAUAACUCUAUUAUUCACGAGGAAUAUCUUAACAUGAGAUAUCGCGGAACUGAAUCUGCGUUGAUGGUUGUGAAGCCUGAGAAGCAAGAUAUAGAGGAAUUCGGUGGUGAUGAGUGGGCUUACGGAAAAGCUUUUAUCAAGCAGCAUCAACAAGAAUUCGGCUUCACCUUACCCGAUAGAGAUAUCAUUGUGGACGACGUACGAGUUCGUGGUAUUGGAAAGAGUUUUGAGGGACUUGAGAAGACUGUUGAUCAGCAAUUGAAGGAGAUUAAACCUAAUGAUGUUGAGACUGGUAAGAAAGAGUACAAGAGAUCUCAAGUCUAUUUUGAAGGUGGCCGGCAAGAUACCCCUAUCUACAAACUCGAAGAUCUUGGUAUCGGUGAUCGAAUCAAGGGUCCAGCAAUUCUUGCAGAUGGAACACAAACCAUUGUUAUUACUCCAAAUGCAACUGCAUUGAUAAUCGAGACGCACGUAGUUAUUAAUAUUGGUGAAAAUGAAAGCAAAGACAAGUAAGUUUCGGACCAAUUUUCUGUGCGUAUUCAACUGUUUGCUAAUGAUUUCCAGACCCUCGCCGAAAGAUGGAACAGAAUCAGUAGAUCCUAUCAUGCUCAGUAUUUUCGCUCAUAGAUUUAUGGCCAUUGCUGAGCAAAUGGGUAGAGCUCUUCAAAAAACUAGUGUCAGCACGAAUGUCAAGGAGAGACUUGACUAUUCAUGCGCAUUGUUUGAUUCUACUGGUGGACUAGUAGCUAAUGCGCCACAUCUUCCAGUCCACCUGGGUUCAAUGUCUACUUGUGUCAAGCGACAAGCUGAAAUAUGGAAAGGCAAGCUUGUCAAGGGAGACGUCAUAGUAUCCAAUCAUCCUGAAUAUGGAGGAACACAUCUUCCAGACAUUACCGUCAUUACUCCUGCCUUCAACACGACCGGUGAUAAGAUUCUUUUCUACGUCGCUGCCAGAGCUCAUCAUGCUGAUAUUGGUGGUAUCCUUCCUGGUAGCAUGCCUCCACAUUCAAGAGAAUUAUACCAAGAAGGAGCGGCGAUCAAGUCGGAGAAACUCGUCAGCGCAGGUCGCUUCAAUGAGGAAAGAAUAACACAGCUUCUUCUUGACGAACCUGCACAAUACCAAGGAUGUAGUGGUACGCGAUGCUUAGCAGACAACAUCUCCGAUCUCAAAGCUCAAAUUUCUAGCAAUAUGAAAGGAAUCAACCUCAUCAGUGCCUUGAUUGAGGAGUAUGGUGAGGAUGUGGUGAACUUCUACAUGGUUAAUAUUCAGAAUAAUGCCGAACUCAGCGUGAGAAAUCUCUUGAAAGAUGUUAGCAAGCGAUUUGAAGGACAAGAUCUAUCGGCAAUCGAUUAUAUGGAUGAUGGUAGCCCAAUCCAAUUGAAAAUCACCAUUGACGCCGAUAAAGGAGAAGCCAUUUUUGACUUUGAGGGAACAGGUCCAGAAGUAUACGGUAAGUACUCCUCAAAAACCUCAUAUAAUUUCCCUAUUGUCUAAUGCACCCCAAGGAAAUACCAAUGCCCCCCAAGCCGUAACCUACAGCGCAAUAAUCUACUGUCUCCGCAGCCUAAUAAGCGAAGACAUCCCUCUAAACCAAGGAUGCCUCAAACCAAUCACUGUCCUCAUCCCCCCUAAAUCCUUCCUCUCCCCCUCCGACAAAGCCGCCGUCGUAGGCGGCAACGUCCUCACCUCGCAACGCGUCACAGACGUAAUCCUCAAAGCCUUCCGCGCAUGCGCCGCCUCCCAAGGCGACUGCAACAACCUCACCUUCGGCUUUGGCGGCAACGUAGACGGCCAAAAACACGUCCGCGGUUUCGGAUACUACGAGACGAUUGCCGGGGGCAGCGGAGCAGGAAGAAAUUGGGAUGGAACAAGUGGUGUCCACACACACAUGACGAAUACGCGAAUUACAGACGCGGAAGUAUUUGAAAGGCGAUAUCCAGUGCUAUUGCGGGAAUUCUCGCUCAGAGCUGGUAGUGGAGGGAACGGGAAACAUAGAGGUGGUGAUGGCGUCGUGCGCGAUAUCGAAUUUAGAAUCCCAGUGCAAGUUUCCAUUCUGAGCGAGCGCAGGGUGUACAAACCGUAUGGGCUCGAGGGCGGCGAGGACGCAAAAUGUGGUCUUAAUAUCUGGGUGAGGAAGGUAGAGCGUAGUGAUAAAGGGAGAUCGGAUUUAUUAUUACACCGUGACUUAGUGGAUAAGGAUAAGGGAGAAGAGGAAGAGAUACCAUACGAAGAAAGAAGGAUUAAUCUCGGAGGCAAAAAUACAGCGGCAAUGCAGAAGGGUGAGAGGAUUAUUAUUCAUACGCCUGGUGGUGGGGGGUGGGGUAGAGUAGGUGAGGAGAGGGAGGUGGGUGAGAGGAGGGAUCCGAGGGCGGCGUGGAAGGGGGGUAGUUAUGCUAGUAGGGAGGAGAUGGCUUUGCAGGCUUAAGUUUGCGAUGUACUGUAUUGUACUUGGUUGAUUGAUUACCGCGGGGUUGUGGUAGGUGGAUGUAUCUUAUCUUAUAUUCGCAUUAGCAUUAGCAUUCGCAUUAGCAUCAGCG